AUGACACUGCACAUCAGUCAACACUCUCCACCCAAUGGGGCGACAUCGCGGUGCAGGUACACCACUAGCAACCUAUCAGCACGGCGGAAGGCGCCGGAGAGAUUUUCCCCUAUCACCAGGGAAAGUCUCAGAUUGACUAGCCCGGCCAGUGGGUAUAUUAAGCGAUGGUGCAUGUUGGUAAAGGAUCAAAAGCCACGUGGAUCGGUCAAAGGCUUCAUGUGCACAGGACCUGGUAUAUGGGAUGGGCCGCAGAAUGCUACGCCCUCUCACAUGGCCUAUGCUCCAAACUUUCAAGACUCACAAGAAGUUUGCUUGAAGGAUACGAAGAAUCGAUUUUCAUGUCCAAGGCUCUUCAAGACACUUGUCUUGCUGACGGGUGUAUCAGACUUCCUAGCCACGACGCACGUCUUGCUCGGGAUCGGGAAGCCUCCCGUACGGAGCGGUCUUCAGCACCGGAAUUUCACCCUAUCGUCGUAUACAGUAGGCAAUAGCAUGGACCUGGGGAAGUACUGUUACAGUCCAAGUGAAGAGUGCAUAGUCCACCUCAAAUGUCUCGCGAGAAUCAUCCACCUUUUCGCCCAAGUUCGCAUCCUACAACUUGAUGGCACCGCCAACAAUACACCAGUAACUAGCUGUCAUGUUAAACAUGGUGACGGCGUUCAGCCGUUUCCCCGGCUCUAUCACCUCCACACUAGUCAUCAGCCGUUGCACUAA